UUUCGUGUACUGUAUGCGUAGGCGGGGUGAUCGGAUACUCAACUGUGGCAAUAAUAAAAGCAAUAAAAGAUGUGAAUGUUGUAUUGUGAUUACUACAUGAGAGAAAGUGAUGAGCAGGUAGCCAGUUCAAGCAAAAAAUUGGCCUGUAGUAAAUUCUUUGUGAGUUAUGCUUCAAGAAAUAAAACAAAAUAAUUUAAACUUGACAGUAUCAUCACAAGAAAUGGGAAUGAAAAGAAGGCUGUUGCUUGUACUUACUAUUGUAAUUGUGAUAAUAUGGUUUACAAGUCUACGGAAUAGAGGUACAAUAGGUCUAUCUGAAUCAGUAUCUUCAGAAUUAGAAAUUGCAGCUCUUAAACAAAAUUUAGCAAAACUGUCUUCAGAAUGCAGGAGCUGGAAACCAUCAAGACUCGACCCCCAUUUGCCAGUGAUUUAUGCAAUCACACCGACAUAUGCAAGGCCCGUUCAGAAAGCAGAGUUAACACGUUUAUUGCACACACUAAUGCUUGUUCCUAACCUGCACUGGAUCAUUAUCGAGGAUGCUGAAGUUCCAUCAUCCUUAGUAGCGAACCUCCUGAAGAAUUCUGGUAUUACAUAUACACAUCUUACUGCAACCACUCCUAAAGAAUGGAAGCUAAAAGAGAAGGAGUCCAACUGGAAAAAGCCACGUGGAGUUCAACAGCGUAACACUGCAUUACAGUGGAUCAGAAACAAUCUGAAAGCUGAUGAUCAAGGAGUCAUCUAUUUUGCAGAUGAUGAUAACUCAUACAGCUUAGAGGUAUUUGAUGAGAUGCGAGACACACAGGUGGUGAGUGUAUGGCCAGUAGGGCUUGCAGGUGGUCUCAUGGUUGAGAUGCCUGUGUUGGACCCCAAAACAGGCCAUGUCAAAGGAUGGAACAGUGCUUGGCGACCUGAACGACCAUUUCCUUUGGACAUGGCUGGCUUUGCAAUAAAUCUGUCUCAUUUCCUGAAACAUACAGAAGCCAAGUUUUCCUUUAAUGUGGAAAAUGGUUAUCAAGAAUCAGAGAUUCUACGGCAUUUGGCAACUCGAGAUCAGCUUGAGCCUAAAGCAGACAACUGCACCAAAGUAUAUGUGUGGCAUACAAGAACUGAAGCUCCAAAGCUCCAAGCUGAAAAACAGUUAAACAAGAAGGGUCUGAAAUCACAUGGAGGAAUAGAGGUGUAGGAUAAACCAAUACCAUACAGAUAUUACUGUAAUGCUUAAAUCUUUGACUCAACUAGGAAUAUUCCAAUUCAAGGACCCUAAUGAGUCCUUCAGUGCAGAAGCGUGAACUCGGUCAUUAGGUUGGAGCAAGUCACUUCAAAUAAUACUCAUCCAUGAACAAUGUCAUGUUCAAUUCUGUAAAGUUUUUAUUUUAGUCAGGUACUGUUGAUGGUAAGGACAACUAAUCAUGAGAUGGCAUGUGGGUUGCACAGUGUUGGAAGACAGGAAUGUGAUGAUUGAACCCACAAACUUUCAUAUCAUGACAGUUUGAUUUAUUUUACAUAUGUGCCAGUUCAAUUCCUUGUACCUGUAAAAGUAUCUUUACCAUAUCACAUGAAGCAGCUGUUUGUAAUGCCUUCUAGUCAUACAGAAUGAUUCAGAAGUCUGUCAGACAUUGUGGGUACAUUAAUCAGUCACUGAAUACAGGGCCAUACAGUACGGUGCUGUGCUCGUGUGUAAAUUCAAGUUGCAGGUGGACACUUUGAACAGCUAUUUAAGUUCCUCUGAACAUUUUCAUUAAACUCCUUUAUCUUACUUUCAAACUACAGUGACUCCUUUCAAAACUGGAUCAAUAUUGAUAGGACUGUUUUACUCAAAAUCUCUUAACUGAUGUACUCAAGAAGUUUGGAAGACUUCCUGAAUCAACCUGUAUACAUGGAAGCACUUCAGCCUUCUGUCAUCUGACCAUAUGCAUGUUGAAUGGAAAGUUUAAUGCUCUUAAAGAAAUAUUACUUCUCUUUUUUGAAAACAGUAUUACCUUCCCAGUAGCUUUUCAUAUUAAUUGGGCAUUUCAAAACAAAACCUUAUUCAAAGGACAAAAACUAGUAAGGAAACAAUGGAAAUGUGAAUAGUAUUCACAUUAUAUGUACCAGUACCCAUCUACAAUUCAAGCUCUGAUGAUUAAUUAAACAUUUAUGACAUAAUACAAUACUUUGGAAAUCUUUGCUAAUUUAAAUUGAAGGCAUGCAGUGAUGUUUAAUUGCUUGGCCCAUUUAAAUUGCUGUGCAAUAGUAGCAAACUGCAUAUCAUCAUUAAAUAAUCUGUAUUUAUUCCAAUUUUUACAUUAGAAUAUCAUCUGUAAGAUUAUGAAUAAAUUUAUGCCAAUA